AUGAGCUUAGGGAUUCCAGGACUGGUCCUUGGUGCAGUCGGCAUUUUGACAGCAUUCAAGGGAGCCCUCGACACGGCACUGCUUAUUGAGUCAUUCUUCGACGAUGACAAGGCAGGCUGUGGUUACUUGGCCCUCAGAUACCAUAUUGAAAAGACACACCUGAGUUUGUGGCGCCAGGUGUGCAAUGUGGACAAUAUGUCCAUAUGCGUAUUACGAAAUAAACCUACUCUACUACAGGAGACUGUUCUGGGAAUUCUGGGCGAGAUCACCCGGCUGCUCGAAGAAGCAGAGAAGUUGGUUGAGAAGCAUGGUAUCGCAAAAGCCAGCAUACCUUCAAUGCCCGACGCGAAGGGCACUUCGAGACCAGAAACCGAUGUGAUCAUGGAGCUUUCGACGACCACCGUCAAGCCAAAGGCGAGGCUUCGGUGGACCAUCAAAGGAAAGGCCGAAUUCGAGGAAAAGGUCUCAAGGUUGAGGCAGCUUAUCAACGACCUCUACAGCUUUACCAUCGGUGCGUCAGGGUCAGAAUCCAUCCAUCGAGCUUUGCCUUCAAUGGCUCUCAGUUCCAUAUCUAGCGGAGAGUUGCUACAAACACUUCGUGAGCCCAACAUGGAGAUUGAUGCUACCCUGGCCCUGUCAGCCAGGGUCAAACUACUGCAGACGGAACUUGCUCAAUCACCAGACGGCUACGUGACGGUGAUUUCGAGCGAUCAACUUCGUCUGUUUUCUUCCAAGUUUGGUACCCUGAGAUCCUAUGGCGUUGGGUACAUUUCCGUGUGGGUGGAAUGGGGUCUCGUCAGCGACGGCAGUAUGGAUGGGGGCUUAUUCGAGCAGCAGUAUUUCGAGAAGAUCAUCCAGCCCUUGGGAGCGUGCUCGGAUUAA